AUGACAAACUCGAGGAAGAAGAUUACGCCAAGGAAGAAGGAGAAGCAAAUGGAGAGGGGCCCUAUGUUGGAGACGAACGCGAGGAACACGAGGAGCAACCUUGUCGAUUCAGAGCAACACAUGGAGAGGGACCCUAUGUCGGAGACGAUGACAAACUCGAGGAGUAACCUUAUUGAGUCAGAGCAGCACAUGGAGAGGGACCAUAUGAUGGAGAUAUCGAAAGCAAAAGAAGCUGUGGUCCCUAAGACAAACAGUCAAUUAUUUGGCUCUUUAUGGGGUUUAGAUUCGUUGCCUCCCAAUCAUGUAUCAAGGAGAUCCACAUUUAUGGAUACUUACUCUUUUCUCAUCCGAGGUAAUAAUGGACCCAAGUUAUGGAAUGAUGUCCCAGGUCUUCCAAUUACCCCACCUUACAUGAGAAGAGCUGUAGGAUGGCCUAGAACAGCUAGGAGGAAGAACAAUGAUGAGCCAAAGAACCCAAAUUCCCUUAGGAGGUACAACAAAACUGUACAAUGCAGGCGGUGUGGAGAAUAUGGACAUAAUAAAAGGACCUGCAAGGGAAAGGCUGCAGCUGACAGAGAAAUUCCUACUGGAGGAAACAGGAACAAUAAAAAAAGACUUCAUCCUGAGAUGAGGAAACAUAGAGGGGGUGGAGGCAUCAGUAUUAAUGAACCUGGUUCAAGUUCUCAACAACCAGGUUAUCAAGCACCAGAUUCUCAACCUCUAACUCAAGGCAUGCCUCGGCCAAGUCAGAGUCAGCCAUCACAACCAGGAGUUGCCAUAGUAUAUGAAGCUACAGCAGGAGCUGCUACAAGAAGAGGUAGAGCAAAGGGAAAAGGAGCUGCAACAGGGGAUGGAGCUGCAACUGGGAAUGAAGCUGCAACAGGGAGAGGAAAAGCAAAAGUAAAAGAACCUGCAGCAAAGGGGAAAGCAAAAGAACCUGCAGCAAAUGCAAAAGAUGCAACAGGGAAUGGAACCAAAAAGAGGAGUUAUGGACAGUUUAAGGGAACUAAGAAGUGAUUGUGUACCUCUAAAGAAGUUGAACCAUUAGACUUGUGCUGUUAUGUUUGAAGUAUUACUUUUUGAAUUAGACUUGGGAUGUACUUGAGCUGUAAUGUUUUGUCCUUACUUUUUGAACCAUUAGACUUGGGAUGUAUUAAUGAUUGGUGUACUUGAGCUGUUAUAUUUUGUCCUUACUUUUUGGACCAUUAGAAUUGGGAUCCAUAUUUUGUAAUAGCCAUGUUGCUG